AUGCUUGGUACUAAGCUGUCACUCAUAGUCUUUUUUAUAAGCAGAUAUGCAACUGCACAGAUCAUGAAGCUGCAGGCCAAUGAAGGGAAUCCUACAAGGGAGAUGCCUUGUAAUUGCAGAAUAGAUGACCAAAGAUGUAGAGACUCUUGUUCAAAAGUAUACAGUCUUGGAAAUAGGAAUUCCAAGGCACUAGGGACUGCAGAUGCGAGAAAACCAUCGGUAGUGACUAUCAAAAAAAUUCUACAGCAAGAAGAAAGGCCUUUCAUUAGAUUCGUAGAGAAGAACAUUGAAAGAAACAACAAUAACCAAGUUCUUGGAAACGAUGACACUACAACGAGAAGACCAACAACAAAGGUUUUUGAUGGAGAUGGAAACACCAUUUUUUAUAAUGGGUCUUCAUACAAAAUUUGCGAUCUAUAUGGUCAGGCCAAUAGAACCCGUGGGACAAAGGAGUAUUUGAGCGUGAAUGAUGAUAUGAGGAUUCUUUAUGAGUAUGUUAUGAACAAUCCUAAAGUGGAGAGAAUCUGUGCAAAAAACGCGAUAGAAUAUCCUACUCCAUUUGAUCCAAUAGAUAAUGUUUCUUUACCUCUGAUUCCAUCGUCAAGGACAGAUACUGAUCAUCCAGAACCUAUAAUUUUAGAAAGAAAUAACAUGAUACCCAUAUUCAUUAAGGAGUCUUUUGAAUCUGCACCCGAAAAAGGACUUAGUGUAAUUGUAAAGGAUUCCGGCAGCUCUGUUUCCAUAAUUACCCUGAAGACGACCAGUAUAACAACUACAACAACUACUAAGAUUGGAAAACAAGAAUAUAAUGAACCGGUGAAGAAGACCGAAACACAAACUAUAUUAACAACCAGGACGGUUACAAGGCAACGGGGAUCUACCCGCAAAGGAUUUAACGGUGUUGUAAAGACUGUUCUAAAAACGGUAUUCGUGGGGAGUUCUGAUAACAAUAGAAACAAGACGACUUUCGAGGAUCAAGAGCCUGAUGCUAUGCCAUCAUCAGAGACAGGUAAUGGCCCUAAGAAGCCACCACUUGAUGGAAUGACUAACACCCUGACAGAUAUUCCGAUUAUUGAGAAAAUCAGGAGUCUCCUUAAUUUGCCAGCCCAAACUAAUACCAGGAAUGCAAGCUCUGUUCCUAGUGAAGCAAUUCUGAAGUCUAGGACAGCCAGCCCGCAAAUAAUAACUACCACUGUUGAAAGAAUUCGUACAACCUCUGCCCGUCAAUCCUCUUCUGGAUUUUCUUCUAUAAAGGGUUCAAACAAUUCAUACUACGAUGAUUACACCAGAGAACUAAUAAGAAGCAUCUUCGAUAUGUUAAAAGGCAGCACCACCACUUCUGAGAGUAGAAGGGUUCUUCCUAACAGCAGCACAAUAGUCAAGGAGACCACAACCACUGUCACAAAAACAACCACAAGGGCUAGAGACUAUACACCCACAGUUUCCAUUGUCCCUUCUGUAGAGAUAAAGAGCCCUUACUUCCUUACAGCCUCAAGUGUCAAAUCUAAAGAAAGAUUGGAAUCAUCUAUUUAUGAAAGCUAUGAAAAGAAACUGGACAAUAUCUAUCAGAAAAUAAUGGCAAAUGAAGAACAGUAUAAGAAUCUCAUUGGAAUUCUGCUGUCCAUCAGAAAAAAAGAAAAAGAUGAAGACAACACUCUCUCAUCACUGAAGAAAAUGUAUGAAUUGUAUAGGGAUGGAACUAUUUAUGAAAAAAGUGUUGCAUCUCACUUGAUGUCUGAAAGACGUUCUAAAUCAAAGGUUAUGCCCUAUAGUGUGGAAUCGAACCUAAACGGUGGAUGGAAAGAUAGGACACAUGAUGGUAUCAGUGGAAGCAAAAAUAACUUAAGAACCCAAAGCAGAGAAAAUGCCAUGGAAGAGGUUUCGUCAUUAGCUUACAAAGAAGAUGAGCCAUGGAAAGGUUUGGAGGGCAAAAAUAUAAAUAACGGUGAAUCCGAUGCACCUAUAUCCCUAGUGCUGGGGGACUUUGAGCCUUCAAAUGAAAAGCAGCCUAAAUACCAUUCCUUUCCGUCUGUAGUCUCGUUUUUUAGAGAGCCUGAUCUGAAGAAAAGACUCAGAAAAGAGAGGGCAUUCAAGGACCUACAGUACCCAACUAUCACGGGCUUCCUCAAUGCAAAAGACAACAGAGAUGAGAUUUAUUCUAGGAUGAUGGAUGUAGAAAAGGAUACAGGGUGCAAAACUAUAACAGACACUAUUAGAACCACAGUAAUAAGAGAUUUUAAUAGUAGUGUGCAUCUUAGUGCCGUAAGCUCUAUUGUUGAAGAGCGUAUGAAGGGUCUUGAGAGAAAGUUGAAUGAAUUUUCUGAUAGAGUUGUCCAGAUAGGAAACAGGCUGCUAAUGCUCAAGAAUACACAGGAACAGAAAAGUCUUACAAAAGAAGACAUCUCUACUUCCGAGAUCAUAUCUCCUACUAUAUCGAGGUCGUCUAUCUAUAAUGGACGUAAUAUUUCCACCAAGACGAUGGUGAGUAGCAUUGAAACUUUCUCCUCAACAACAAGCGUAGGCAUCUCCAUUGCACAGAAAUCAUCCUCGUCAUUAGACCCAGAAGAAAAGGCCUCCAUUUCCCAUUAUGGCCCAUCCACUCUUUCAGUAUCUACACAAACAACAAGUCUGGGGGGAAAAGGUAAGGAGCAAAGUAUUGAUGGAAUUGUGGAAAAGAUAAAAGAAAAGAAGAUCUCGGAUGAAAGCUUAUUGAUCUCUGACGAUGCAGUUAUAGACGACAUUGUUGAAAAGUUAGCACCGUUAGUAAAUAGCAUAGAGAUUUCAUCUCUUGGUACUGCUACCAGAACUCAAAAAGAGAUGUCUCCGCAAUCUGUAGUUUAG